GCGGAGCGGCCAUUGGGUCUCCCGCUCCCUUGCCCCGCUCUGAUUGGCUUGGGUCUAGUUGGUUGAAUUGGUUGUGGCGGUUGCGGCUGGCGAUGGAGGCUGUGCCGUGCGCGGAGCAUGGGUCCCUCUGCUUCCUGAAGACGGGCGUCCGCGAUGGCCCCAACAAGGGGAAGAGCUUCUACAUGUGCGGCGUGAAAGGUCCCGCGGCCUGCGGCUUCGUCCUCCCGGCGCCUAUUCCUCCUUCUCAGUGCUUGAUCCAUGAAGGCUGUGUGGUGAAGCUGCAAGUCUUGGUUCAGGACAGGAAUGAACACCACAGGUUGUUUUACCGAUGCCGUAAAAGUAAGUUGAAUGGGAAGAAGUGGUGUGGAAGCAUCCCAUGGAAGGAUCCAAAAGCUACUGAAGUGUCAAAAGCCUUAGAAUCCCACCCCAGCACAGCACCUCUCUUCAAUCCCAGUGGGCAAAGAAAUCCCUUCAAAGUGAUAUACAAGAACUGUGAACCGUCAUCUUGCAAACAAAUGACGCAAGGAAACACAGAGGAAAGUAAAGCAAAUGGAGGAAAAGCAGAGAAAGAGAGCAUGCUGGUGUCACAUAAAGAAAAGAAAUCAACCUCUGAUUUCUCCGUAGAGAAAGAACCUCUAGAAGGACUGAAAACUGAGAAGAAGCAGGCCAAGGGAAACGGGAAUGAUCCAGAACUUAAGGAGAGCACAGUGUCUGAAUCUAAACUUGAUCUUUCUGAGACCUUGAAAGGGGAAAACACGCUUUUGGAGGAAGAGAAAUACGAUGGUGGUGGCAGGGAAUCCAAGAAAUCUUCAGAGUGUGUGGAGAAAGAGCCAGGCAGCAGAUCAAAGCACCUUCCACCAAGUCUUGGAAAGCAAAGCACAACCACCAGACCUCCAGAGGAGGAGCAGCUUCUAGAGAAAAGCUUAAAAAGUUGUGUGGAUAAAGAAACCAGAGAGAAAGAAUAUGUUAGUUGGAAGAAGGGAGAAAUGAAACUGAUGUCUACAGGUGUGAUUUCUCCAGCAGUGCCGCAAUUGGCAUUGCAACAUGCUGCCCUCAAGGCAGGAGCAGAGGCAGUGCUGCCCAAGACACAAAUCAGGCCAGGACUGGGACAGCCUGCUGAUGAAGUCUCUGGUAGUGACAGUGGUGAUGUAGAAUUUGUUUGUUCCUCAUUAGAUAAAACUAAACCUGAAAAAUCAGUUGAGGGUUUGCAGUCAAGAGAGAUUCCUUCAGGAAAAUCAGGAAAGAGUAUACAGGGGACAUCUUUGCCAGGAGCUGCAGCAUCGUAUCAUGUGGAAGGACCUCAGGACCCUAAAGCUCUUCACAACCAUCUUGUAGUCCAGCUGAAGCAGAAGAAGGGUACAUUAGCUACAGUGAACAUUCAGCUGCUGCCAGAUAAAGGGGAACGGUUACUAAAGCAAGUGCAGGAUUUGGAAGCUGCACUUAGUACUCUUAACGUUUCAACAUCAGGGGAGAAAAGCACAAGCAGCAGCAGCUGCUGUGAGGAAUCUUUGCCUAACCCAUUUGGCAGGCCAGGUGGUACGAAGUUGGUAACACCACUACCACUCCAGGAUCCUACAGCAAGGACCCCUUCAGGUUCACACAGUCACCCUUCUGCUGCUGCUUUGGGUUCCAGCGAAUAUUACGGGCACAGUUUUGGAAUGAACUCUGGUAUGCAAAAUCUAUAUGGAGGAAUAAUGACAAAAGACCGAAUCAGGACUGUACACAGUGCCAUAAGUGAAGCUGUUAAUCAUCUUCACAAAUCUUUAGAAUCUUGUCCAGAAGAUCAGACAGUAGCUGAAGAUCCCCCUGGAUUGAAGGUUCCACUGCUUCUGCACCAAAAACAGGCACUUGCAUGGCUACUCUGGAGAGAAAGUCAGAGGCCACGUGGAGGAAUUCUGGCGGAUGACAUGGGCCUGGGGAAAACUCUAACAAUGAUUGCUCUCAUUCUGGCCCAGAAGCAGCUGAAGACAGAGAAAAGAGAGAAGUUAGAAAUACGGCUAUCCAAAAAUGAUUCCACUGUUAUCCCUUCCUGCAGCACUUUAAUAAUUUGUCCUUCAUCCUUGAUCCAUCACUGGAAGAAAGAGAUUGACAAGCGUGUGGGCUUUGGCAAACUGAGGGUCUAUUUGUACCAUGGGCCAAACAGAGAUAAACAUGCUGAGGUGCUCUCUGGAUAUGAUAUCGUUGUCACAACCUACAGCCUUCUCUCUAAAGAGGUACCUACGAGCAAAGAAGAGGGGGAGGUCCCUGCAGAGGACCAUGAUGUGACUAGUGGGUCAUCUCCCUGUUCCCCUCUGCUCAGGGUAGCUUGGGCUCGAGUUAUAUUGGAUGAAGCUCACAAUAUUAAAAACCCGAAGAUUCAAACUUCUAUAGCUGUCUGCAAACUGAGAGCCAGUGCCAGGUGGGCUGUCACUGGGACGCCAAUACAGAACAAUUUACUGGACAUGUACUCCCUCCUGAGGUUUCUACGUUGCUCUCCUUUUGAUGAAUACCAAGUGUGGAAGAACCAGGUAGAUAACAACACAAAGAAGGGAGGAGAGAGACUAAGCCUCUUAACCAGGAGCCUCUUAUUACGGAGAACUAAGGACCAGCUGGAUUCAGCUGGCAAGCCCUUGGUAUCUCUGCCCCAGCGCAGCACACAGUUGCAUCAGUUAAAACUUUCAGCAGAGGAGCAGUCUGUGUACAAUGUGCUCUUUGCAAGCUCCAGGUCAACACUACAAUCCUACCUAAACAGACAGGAGCAGAAAAAUGAAGGCAGAGAGAAUGCUAGUGGUAACCCAUUUGAGAAAGUUGCACAAGAGUUGCACAAGAGUUGCACAAGCGCCUCCCAGGUAUCAAGUACUGUCCACAUCUUCUCCAUGCUGUUGAGGCUCCGUCAAUGCUGCUGCCAUCUUUCCUUACUGAAAGUGGCUCUGGACCAAGCUGACUUGAACAGUGAAGGCCUUUCCCUCUCCAUUGAGGAACAGCUUAGUGCUUUGACGUUGUCUGAGCUCCAGACUCCAGAUCCCAAGUCAACAGUCUACCUCAGUGGCACAGCUUUUCAAGCAGAUAUCUUUGAGAUCACCAGGGAGAGCACCAAGAUAGCUCGCCUCUUGGCUGAACUGAAAACUAUUCACUCCAAGUCUCAGAAGAGUGUUGUUGUCUCUCAGUGGACAAGUAUGUUGAAAGUUGUGGCUGUGCACCUCCAGCAACAAGGGCUGAAGUAUGCAACAGUGGAUGGCUCUGUCAAGCCUAAACAGAGAAUGGAUGUGGUAGAAGAGUUCAAUAACAAUCCCAAAGGACCUCAGGUAAUAUUGGUCUCAUUGCUGGCUGGAGGCGUUGGCUUGAACUUGACUGGAGGAAACCACCUUUUUCUUCUUGACAUGCACUGGAAUCCUGCUCUCGAGGACCAGGCUUGUGACCGCAUUUACCGAGUGGGGCAGCAGAAAGAUGUUGUGAUACACAGGUUUGUCUGUGAAGGAACAGUAGAAGAAAAGAUCAUACAACUUCAGAAGAGGAAGAAAGUUCUUGCCCAGCAGGUGCUGUCUGGCAAAGGGGAGACCUCCACUCAGCUUACUCUGGCUGACCUCAGAAUUCUCUUCGGCAUCUAAUUAUCAUUUACAACACAAAAUGGAAAGAAAUUGUAUACGUACAAGCCAUGGUGCAGACUUCAACAAAAGGACUCCUGGUUUAAAUGGUAGUUAUUUUAUCAAAAUAAAUGACAUAUUUGUAACUUUAAAUAAAGUAACUAAAUAAAAUAGCUACUAACUUUGCAA